GCCGCACGCAGUCUGCACCGCAUCGUGACUAUACUGUGUCAUCUCUGGACCUUUCUGCCCAGUAUCUCGCAAACUAUCUUUUUUUUGGAUAUAUUGCAACUCGGUCAUCGGCCUGUCAUUCCUUCACACGUUCUCAAAUGAGACUGUAAUGUCGAGUGUAUCAAAGGAUAUGCUGCUAUGGACAAAUUCAAUCCAAAAGUGCCGCUGAUCAUGAACGGUUUUCUAAACGAAAUGACUUCGCUUGCUUGCCCGUUUCGGAAUAUGCCGCCUUCGUCUUAUCCAGCCGCAAGGAGCCGAAUUUUCAGGUUUUUAUUGUUCUUCCCUGAUGGUGUUAGUCUCCCCUUCAUUUGUCACGGCCAUUACUGCGCCUAUGCUGCUCAUCUGAGUGAAAUCCCUGUAGAGCGCUCGCAGUACUGUCCUCGCUUGAGAAAGUAUGAUUUGGAUACGGGUAACAUUCGGACUGCAUACGCCUUUAUAUUAUGUGAUGCGUGGAUGGCGGUUCUGCCCAUUCUGCAUGCAGCCCUCUCAUUCAAUGACGCGUUCGCCCAGCUAGCCAUCCGUUGCCAUCCUCAAUUCCAACUCAAUUCCCACUUCUGCAUCGUUGGUGCUGAAGUGGUGCACGACUGGAUCAUCCCGUCCAGUGGGAACGCAGCAACCCCUGCACUUUUUGGGUUAAGAGUAUCGGCAUUACCACUAGCUGCAAUUUGGUAAGAAUCGUCCCCUCGACAAUGAGCCUGCGUGAAUUAGGAAUAUGUCGCGAGUUAGCCU